ACUCAGGAAAGUCUCACAAGGAUUAAUGAAAAGCAUGGAUGAACAUUCUUCGAUCCAGCGUAAAUCCUCGGCCGUGGUGGAGACUUACACCCAGGUCCAGACGUCGCCCCACGUCCCCGCGGGAGAGUCCGUCCCAGAUUUCGAGGAGAAACUGCGGCCCGUUACUGCACAAGAGGGUGAUAACGCCGUGUUCAGAGCAAAGGUGACAGGGAAACCUCAGCCGUGUGUCGUCUGGGAGCGAGCGAGCGGGACCCCCCUGUCCGACGAGACCUUCAACUUUUAUGAAGAAUUCAACAACCAGCACAUACUCAAGGUUAAAAAUCUGUCUAUGGAAGAUGGAGACGUUUACAGAUGUGUCGCCGCUAACGUUCACGGUGAAGCUAUCUACUCCGUCUCGCUGAUUGUUACGGAAAAUCCUGCGUUAGACUUGAAAAAGAUGCUGAAGAAACGCUCCGUGGAGAAGAGAGAGAAGAAACCACCUACAGAGGAGGAGAUGCUGAAGAUUCUGUCAGGAGCUGAAAAAAAAGACUACGAGAGGAUCUGCGCCGAGCACGGCUUCACCGACUUCAGAGGAAUCCUGAAGAAACUCAAGGAGAUGAAGAAGAAAGAGGAGGUGGAGAUGGUGCGUGUAUUGAAGCCUUUGGAAAAUCUCACAGCCAAAGCCGGUACCAACGUCGUCUUUGACACGAUCCUGGAGCUGAGAGAUCCAAACGUCAGAAUGCAGUGGUUCCUGGGCUCGGAGCUGCUGCGGACUCAGUAUUCUCUCGGGAAGUAUGAAGUCAAGCAGAUGGGAACCAAACACAUGUUAUGUAUCUCCGGCGUCGGCCUCGGUGACACGGGCACGUACGCUCUGCAGGUCGGAGACAAAAGACUCACGGCCAGGCUUCAUGUCAUAGAUGAACCUCUGAAAUUCCUAUCCGACUUCAAGCCCAAGAAAGUGACUGAAAGGCAGACGGCUGUGUUUGAGGUCCGCCUCUCUAAGAAGACGAACGCACCUCUGAUUUGGAAGGUCAAAGAUAAGGAAGUGAAGCGAGAUGAGAAGUUUGAUGUGUCGCUGUCUGAAGACGGUUUGACCUACACUCUGAAGAUUAAGGAUGUGAAAGUCAGCGAUACCGGAGACUACACCAUCAGCAUCGGGGACCUCACCGCCACUGUGCCACUAUUCAUCCAAAGAAUUCCCAUCAAGUUCUGCAGCUACUUGAAAAACACCCGCGUGCAGGAGCGAGGAAAGGCUCGUCUGGAGUGUGAGCUGACCUCCAAAGACGUCCACAUCCGCUGGUUUAAAGACGGGAGCGACAUCACCGCCAGUCGCCGCUACGUUUUUGUGCACGAGGGAAAGAGAGCGGAAGCCGUUAUUGAAGACUGCGAGCUGACGGACGCCGGGGAGUACAGCAUAGUGUGUACUCAAGACAACGACACGCACGAGUACUUCUCCACGGCCAUCCUCACUGUCGAUGAACGUUUUGCGUCAGUGAUUAGCGGCAUGUCGGACGCCCAGUGUCCAACGGGGUCUUCCGCAGAGCUGUGUGUGGUUCUGGACGAUGAGAAAGUGGACGGGAUAUGGCUGAAGGAUGGAAUAGAGAUUUCAGAGCAAAGUGAGGUGCAGGUGGUGAAACAGGGGGCCGUCCAUAAGUUGCUGUUCUCCAGUGUGACUGAUGCACAUGAAGGAAAAUACACGUUUAAAGCUAAAGGAGCGGAGAGUGAGGCUGUGCUCAGCAUCGCAGAUCCUCCUGAAAUUGACAGCUCCGUUCUGGACGUGUUGGGGGCCCAGCCUGUUACAGUAAAGGCAGGUCAGACAGCCACCAUCAAAAUCCCCUUUAAAGGCAAACCUCCGCCUAAGGUCACGUGGUACAAAGAUGGAGUAGAGGUCAUGGAGGACGAGAGGACGAAGAUGGAGAGAUCGGCUGAUGGCACGACUCUUGUACUCACCAGAUGUGUGAGGGAGGACAGUGGAGCCGUGAUGUUACGUCUGAAGAGCGACUGUGGCACUGCCGUCGCCAACAUGCACCUCGACGUCAUCGAUCGUCCUAAACCUCCACAAGGAAAAGUCGAGUUCCUGGAGACGUCGAGAAAAUGCAUAAAGAUGAAGUGGAAAGCUCCGCGGGAUAAUGGGGGAAAGCAGGUGACGAGUUUCCUCAUUGAGCGACGUCCGGCCGGAAAGAAAUCGUGGGACAGAGUGGGAGAAGUGAACAGCAGCUCCACCGUCUUCAGCGACGAGGAAGUGUCUGAGGGCGAGGCCUAUCAGUAUCGAAUCAGAGCAGUGAACGAAGAAGGAACGAGUGAAGCGCUGGAGACAGAGGACGUCAGAGCGGGAGAACCGAUAGAGCCUCCAGGAGUCGUGUCCCAGCCCCAAGUGUCCAACGUGACAAAGGAGACCAUGACCGUGAGCUGGACUCCUCCAGGAGACGACGGAGGAGCUCCUGUUUUAGGAUACAUCCUGGAGCGGAGGAAGAAAGGGAGCAACAUGUGGCUCCAGCUCAACAAGGAGCUCAUCACAGACUCUAAAUUCACUGUGGGCGGCUUGGUGGAGGGAGCGGAGUAUGAGUUUCGUGUCACCAGUGUAAACAGAGCCGGAGCAGGCAAUCCCAGCACAAUCUCGACUUCUGUCCAAGCCAAAGACCCCAUACGAGCUCCAGGCCUCGUGAGGAACUUGUUUGUUUCCGAUUCUUCCUACUCCUCCAUUUCUCUGAGGUGGAGCGCUCCAGAGACCGGAGAUGAACCUUCCGGGUACAUUCUGGAAAUCCGCCCGGAGAAUUCUAAAGACUGGACCAAAGUGAGUAAAGUCCCCGUGGCCAGUGCGAGCUUCACUGUGGCAGGACUUCAGGAGAGGAUGAAGUACUUUUUCCGUAUCCGUGCAGUGAAUGAAGGAGGAGUUGGAGAGUCUGUGGAAAUGUCAAAAGGAGUGUUAGCCAUGCCUCCACCGGUGUCUCCCAGAUUUGAGCUGGAUGCAAAGUUGAGAAGCCAAGUGGUAGUUCGAGCUGGAACCGCGCUCUGCCUUCGCCUCAGCUUUUUUGCUUCUCCUCCUCCGUUAGUCACUUGGUUUAAGGAUGGACUCCCCACCACGGGACGAGAGGCCGUCAUCAAAGGAAACAACCACUCCCAGCUCCUCGUCUCCUCCGCCAUUCGCUCCGACUCCGGCGUUUACCGCGUCCACCUGAAGAACGAGUUUGGAGAGGCCCACUAUGAUGUAAACGUCAGGGUUACAGACUUCCCUCGGCCUCCAAAGAGCCUGCGUCUGGUGGAGGAGGUCCCGGGGACGGUGACGCUUCACUGGGACCACACUCCUGACCUGGCUGAUGAUGAGGAGGGGGCGCAUUAUGUCAUCCUGAAGAGGGACACUAGCACCACCUCCUGGUUCACUGUGGCAGAGCGAGUGUUCAGUAAAAAGUACACGGUCACUGGACUGCUGCCAGGGAGAAAGUACUACUUCAGGGUGCUCGCGCAGAACUUCAUUGGAUGCAGUGACCCGUUGGAUUCAAAAGAGCCUUAUUUCAUCCCCAAAGAGAAAGAGAGCGUCCGUGGCCUGAAUUUAAAACAGUCGACUGUGCGGUCACGUCAGGUGAAGCCCAGUUUCCUGCUUCCACUGAAGGACCACGCUGUGCGCAGAGGGAACGACUGCACCAUGAGCUGUGCCUAUCAGGGCAUGCCAACGCCACAGGCCUGUUGGUUCAAAGGAGAAUCCAAAAUCUCCAACUGCACCCGGUUUUGGCAGAGCACAGCCAACGGAGUGUGCACGCUGGUGAUCCCGACCUGUGCAGCCAAAGAUGAGGGACUGUACACACUUGUGCUGGAGAAUCCCCUGGGAGAGGCCAGGUGUUCGUGCAAUCUGGUCAUUUUUGAUAAAGACGACCGUGUAUUGGAAAGUCUGGACAAUCCCACGAACAAAGAGAAGCUGAUCCUGUAAGUUCAACUCAAAGAAACACUGCGCUUUUUGUUUCAGUCGUGUAGUUUUGUGUGCGGACAGAAGAUGGCAGCCAUGUU